CAGAGGCGGGACUUCCGUUGGCUCUUGGGGUACUUCCGGCUCAGGGGAGGAUAUAGUGGCCCGCAGCGUCAGGGAACUAGCAGAGCGAGGUUGUUAUCCGCGCUCGCGGCAACGAUGCUGGGGGGCGGCUCCGUGGAUGGCGAGCGCGACACGGACGACGACGCGGCGGGGGCGGUGGCCGCGCCUCCUGCCAUCGACUUCCCCGCAGAGGUGUCGGACCCCAAGUAUGAUGAGUCCGAUGUCCCAGCAGAGCUCCAAGUGUUCAAAGAGCCCUUGCAGCAGCCCACGUUCCCUUUCUUAGUGGCAAACCAGCUGCUGCUGGUCUCCUUGCUGGAACACUUGAGCCAUGUGCACGAGCCGAACCCACUUCACUCAAAACAGGUCUUUAAAUUACUGUGCCAGACUUUUAUCAAGAUGGGGCUGCUCUCUUCCUUUACCUGCAGCGAUGAGUUCAGCUCCCUGAGACUCCACCACAACAGAGCCAUCACUCAUUUAAUGAGGUCUGCCAAGGAGAGAGUCCGUCAGGAUCCUUGUCAAGAUAAUUCUUACAUGCAGAAAAUCAGAUCCAGGGAGAUAGCUCUCGAAGCACAGACUUCACGCUACUUAAAUGAAUUUGAAGAGCUCGCCAUCUUAGGAAAAGGCGGAUAUGGAAGAGUUUACAAGGUCCGGAACAAAUUAGAUGGUCAGCAUUAUGCAAUUAAGAAAAUCCUGAUUAAGAGUGCAACUAAAACGGAUUGUAUGAAGGUGCUACGGGAAGUGAAGGUUCUGGCAGGCCUCCAGCACCCCAAUAUCGUUGGCUACCACACUGCAUGGAUAGAGCACGUUCACGUGCUUCAGCCACAAGACAGAGUUCCCAUUCAACUGCCCUCUCUUGAAGUGUUGUCAGAGCAUGAAGGGGACAGAAAUCAAGGUGGUGUUAAAGAUAAUGAAAGCAGUUCGUCCAUUAUCUUUGCUGAACUCACCCCAGAAAAAGAAAACCCUUUAGCGGAAUCUGAUGUUAAGAAUGAGAAUAACAACUUGGUGAGCUACAGGGCCAACUUAGUGAUCAGGAGCAGCAGUGAAAGCGAAUCGUCCAUUGAGCUCCAAGAAGAUGGCUUGAACGAGUCGCCUCUCAGACCAGUUGUCAAGCACCAGCUGCCGCUGGGGCAUAGCUCAGACGUGGAAGGGAAUUUUACCUCCACGGAUGAGUCUUCUGAAGACAAUUUGAACCUGCUGGGGCAGACAGAGGCGCGGUACCACCUGAUGCUGCACAUCCAGAUGCAGCUGUGUGAGCUCUCCCUGUGGGACUGGAUAGCUGAGAGGAACAAUCGGAGCCGGGAGUGCGUGGAUGAAGCAGCUUGUCCCUAUGUUAUGGCCAGUGUUGCAACAAAGAUUUUUCAAGAACUGGUGGAAGGUGUCUUUUACAUACAUAACAUGGGCAUCGUCCACAGAGAUCUGAAGGUGUAUUCUGAGAGUAAGAUGUCAGUCUUCUUCCCUCCACACAAGAUGUGUUCCAGCCAGCCCUUCAUCUGUGUGCCUAGAAAUAUUUUUCUUCAUGGUCCUGAUCAACAAGUGAAAAUAGGAGACUUUGGUCUGGCCUGUGCAGACAUCAUUCAGAAGAGCGCAGAUUGGACCAACAGAAACGGGAAAGGAACGCCGACACACACGUCCCGAGUGGGGACUUGUCUCUACGCGUCACCUGAGCAGUUGGAAGGAUCCGAGUAUGAUGCCAAGUCUGAUAUGUACAGCUUGGGUGUGAUCCUGCUCGAGCUCUUCCAGCCAUUCGGGACAGAAAUGGAGCGAGCAACAGUCCUAACAGGUGUGAGGACUGGUCGGAUACCAGAGUCCCUCAGUAAAAGGUGUCCAGUGCAAGCCAAGUAUAUCCAGCUCCUGACUGGGAGGAACGCGGCCCAGAGACCAUCUGCUCUUCAGCUACUGCAGAGCGAACUGUUCCAAACAACGGGAAAUGUUAAUCUCACAUUGCAGAUGAAGAUAAUGGAGCAAGAAAAGGAAAUUGAAGAAUUAAAGAAGCAACUAAGCCUCCUUUCGCAGGACAAAGGGCUGAAGAGAUGAGAGGGAAAUGGGGGCCUACCUGUGUAGCCUGAAUUAUGCUCUCAACCAUGUGAAAGUGGACUUGCAUUCUUAAAAGUCACCAGGGAUGUAAAUUUUCAACCCUUAGCUGAGGACGGGUGUGACUCCCAAUUGUACUGAGCAAAGCUGUGUAAAGAGGUGAAAGGACGGGGCUGGGGAUUUAGCUCAGUGGUAGAGCGCUUACCUAGGAAGCGCAAGGCCCUGGGUUCGGUCCCCAGCUCCGGAAAAAAAGAACCAAAAAAAAAAAAAAAAAAAAGAGGUGAAAGGACCCCAGCUUCCUUUUCCUCAAGAAACCCUUCCAUGACAAGACUGGAUCAAUCAAUCCACUUUCUCCCACCUCCAUAUUUUGAUUCCCAAAUUUCCUAUCGCCCAGUCCUGAUCUUAUGGUGAGGUACCAUUCUUUUUAAGCUCUGCCUGUUGACUGACCAUCCUGUCUUCUCGAAGGCUGUACUACAGAAAUCAGUGUCCCCUUUCCCCACAACUGCUUGCCUCCAGGAUGUAUGCCAGCCUGGCUGCUGUUGCUGUGACCCUGGCCCUUUCAUACUGCUGCCAUGGCCAGUUACCAAAAGACGCCUGAUCACUCCUUGGCUCGAAACUUCUGUGGGCUGUGCAGUGCCGGGAAGGUCAGACUUGAGCUCCUUGGCAGUGUGCUCUCCCCAGCCCUUCUGUUCUCUUCCCACUUGGCAUCAUCAGGCAGCUUGCCCUCAAGUGAUCUCAGCAGCUGAGAUGUCUUCUACCUUUAUCUUGUGUAGUCUCCCAUGACCCAUGUUCUUCUUAAAGCCUCAAUUCCCCAAACUACCUGGAAUUCUCAGACAGCAGUCUCUGAUGCUAUAAAGUGCCUGCCCCUUGCUGGCCAUCAUUUCAGUGCACUGCACUUGGUUUUACUGACUUUAAAAUAAAAUAAAACAAAACCCAUA